GAGAGCCGGCAGCCGAGGGACGGGUGAAGGCCAUGCCGCCCCCGGGGAAAGUUCCCCGAAAGGAGAACCUGGGGCUCCAGUGUGAGUGGGGGUCCUGCUCCUUUGUGUGCUCGGCCAUGGAGGAGUUCUGCGAGCAUGUCACUCGGCACCUGCAGCAGCACGUGCGCGGCUCCGGGGAGGACGAGGAGGAGGAGGAGGACCUGCUCGAGGAAGAAUUCUCCUGCUUGUGGCAGGAGUGUGGCUUUUGUUCUAUGGACAGUUCGGCUGACCUCAUCCGCCAUGUCUACUUCCACUGCUACCACACCAAGCUGAAGCAGUGGGGGCUGCAGGCUCUGCAGAGCCAGGCCAACCUCAGUCCCUGCAUCCUGGACUUCCAGAGCCGCAACAUCAUCCCUGACAUCCCCGAUCACUUCCUGUGUCUGUGGGAGCACUGUGAGAGUUCCUUCGACAAUCCCGAGUGGUUCUAUCGGCACGUGGAAGCGCACAGCUUAUGCUGUGAAUACCAGGCAGUCGGCAAGGACAACCAUGUGGUGCUGUGUGGCUGGAAAGGCUGUACCUGCACCUUCAAGGACUGCCGGAAGCUUCGAGAGCACCUCCGCAGCCACACCCAGGAGAAGGUGGUGGCCUGCCCCACCUGUGGGGGCAUGUUUGCCAACAACACCAAGUUCUUAGAUCACAUCCGUCGCCAGACCUCGUUGGAUCAGCAGCGCUUCCAGUGCUCUCACUGUUCCAAGAGAUUUGCCACGGAGCGGCUCCUGCGGGACCAUAUGCGUAACCAUGUGAACCACUAUAAGUGUCCUCUGUGUGAUAUGACCUGCCCGCUGCCGUCUUCCCUCCGCAACCACAUGCGCUUUCGCCACAGCGAGGACCGGCCCUUCAAAUGUGACUGUUGUGACUACAGCUGCAAGAAUCUGAUUGACCUGCGGAAGCACCUGGAUACCCACAGCAAGGAGCCAGCCUACAGGUGUGAUUUUGAGAACUGCAGCUUCAGUGCGCGAUCCCUCUGCUCUAUCAAGUCCCAUUACCGAAAAGUGCAUGAAGGAGACUCAGAGCCAAGGUACAAGUGUCACGUGUGCGACAAAUGCUUCACGAGGGGCAACAACCUCACUGUGCAUCUUCGUGAGAAGCACCAGUUCAAGUGGCCCUCAGGGCACCCCCGUUUUCGGUACAAGGAGCACGAAGAUGGCUACAUGCGGCUGCAGCUGGUUCGCUACGAGAGUGUGGAGCUGACGCAGCAGCUGCUACGGCAGCCGCAGGACGGAUCGGGCCUGGGAGCAGCACUGAGUGAGAGCAGCCUGCAGGGCAUCCUUCUCGAAGCAGUGCCAGGGGAGCCAGGACCCCAGGAGGAGGCUGAAGAGGAAGAGGAGGGCGGGAGCAGUGAGGGGACAGGCCUCUCAGCCUCUCAGGACACUCCCAGCCCCAUCAUCCACGUGGUGAAUCAGACCAACGCCCAAGGCGAGCAAGAGAUUGUCUACUAUGUGUUGUCCGAAGCCCCGGGAGGGCCCCCCCCCAGCCCCUGAGCCCCCCUCAGGGGACAUCAUGGAAAAGCUUCAGGGAAUAGCCGAGGAGUCCGAAGUCCGGAUGGUGUGAAGGCUGCGGAGCCUGACCAUUUCCACCCCAGGCCCCGGGGUUUGAGCCAGGCUGGUGGCUGUGCCCCUCGUGGGCAGCCCCUGCCAAUGGAGGCCUUUAAGAGUGGUGCCAAGAGCAAUGCGGUGCACUCUGGACCCGGCUUGCAUCAUGCAGCAGGCUCUAAAGACUUCUCUUUUCUGCCAGACCACGUUUGGUGGGGAUCCUGAGGAGUUUGGAUUCCUUGAGGGGGAUGCCCUGGUUGUGUAUGUUCUUGUAGAGGGGCUACUAUCAGGCUUACCCAUAACCCCCUAGUCAUGCUGAAACGGUGACCAAAAUCCUCUGUCAGCUCGCACCCAUUCCCAUCUUUAGGGGUCCUUAGGUCCAGGGAUGCUGUGUAACUGGUCCCUGCGAGGGCAUUGUCCUCACAACCAGCCAAGGCAGCGUGAACCAGGCAGUUCUUUCCCUCCGAAGGGCUCCUACAACCCCAAGGACUUUCCUGGUUAUCCUCAGGGAUGGGAGUGGAGGCACUGAGUGUGGAACAGUUGUUUUGGUAAUAAACACUUGGGCUGUUA